AUGGAAGAUUUUGAAAUGAACAUUUUGAUUGAAAAUAAGCUAGAAGAAGAAAAGGCAUUUUAUAAUUUUCCUUUUAAAUAUUUACAUUUAUUAAUAUGUGCAUAUAGAAAUUAUUAUUUCAAUAUUUAUUUGAAAAAAAUAUCAAAAUUUAAUAAAAAUGAAGAUUUUUCAGUUAAUGAAUUAAAAAAUGGAAUAGAAGAAGGACAAGCAGUUUUAUCUUUGAAUUCCUCAAGAAGUCAAUAUAAUUACAAAAAAAAAAAAAAACAGAAAACUUAUUGUACUUUAGAGAAUACAAAUAAUAAUAUAAACAUAAAUGAAAAAAGAAAAAACGCAUAUCAGUUGUUAUGUAAUAAUGUAAAAAAUUAUGAAAGUACAAAGAAUACAAAUUUCAACAAUUCAUUUUCAAAAAAUCCUAGAAAGAGUAACAAAAAUGAAAAUUUUCUUUUUAAUGAGUAUGAAGAUACUAAUAUAGAUAAUUAUUCUGAACAGGAAAUAUUAAAUAUGAUUUUUUAUUUUAUGUAUAAUUAUAUAUUUAAAAAAAAAAAAAAAAAUAAGAAUUAUGAAACAAAAAAAAAAAAUGAUUUGAACAACGAAUUAGAAGAGAAUGAAAGCAUUUAUAUUGAUAAUAAAACCUGUUCUUAUAAAAAUGAAUUAAAUAAUAAUAUUAAAAAUAAUGAUAAUAAAAAGAAUGUAGAGAACACAGGGAAUAAUAUUUUGAAUCAAUAUGAUAUGGACAAAAAUUUUUAUAUGAACAUCAAAAAUAAAAAGAACGAAUUAACAAAUGAAGAAACACAUGUAGGUUUAAUAGUGGAAGAAAAAGCAAAAGGUUUAAGAAGUGAUACAGUAAUUCAUGAAGAAAAAAAUGAAGAAAUUGUUACAUUGAAAGAAGUAAAAGAUAUAUCUAAUGAUAAUAUAUUAAAUAACGAUGAGGUUUCUGAUAUAUCAUAUGGAAAAAAAAAAACGGAUGAAAUAAAUUUUUUUUCUAAUAAUGAUACCAUUGUUGAAAAUGAUAUUGAUGCUGACUCAUUAAAUUUUUCAAAACAAAAAAAUUCUACUGAAAUUUCUCAAGAUAUUGUUAAUAAUGAAAAAUUAGAUAAAAUUAAUGAUGAAAAAAAUUCUUUAAAAAGUAAUAAAUUAUUGUAUGACAGAAACCUUGAAAAUCAUGAGAAAAUAAAAGAUAAAAAUGAGGAAGAAAAAGAAAAAUUCUUUUUAAUUAAUGAAAGAAAUAAAAGUGAUUUUUUAAAUGAAGAAAAUGAAGAAUUUAGUGAUUUUUCACAAAAUUGCAUGGAAGAAGAUAAAAAUAGGAUUUUACAAAUAAUUGAGAGUUAUCUUCAUAAAAAGCAAAUAUAUCUAACCAUGAAUGAUAUUUUUUAUCCAUUUACAAGUAAGAAUUUUAAUUUAUAUAGGAAAAAAAAUCAAAAUAAAAAAUUAAAAAAAAAUUAUUCUACUAAUAAAUCAACCGAUUUGAUAGAUUCAUAUAAAAUUUCACCUUCAAAAAAAUAUAUGAAAAAUAAAUUAUUUUUUUGUAAGUUAAAAAAAGGAUUAAAUUUAUUAUUAAAACAUGAGAAAAAAAAAAAAAAGAAAAAAAGAAGUUCAUCAUUAACUAAAAGUAAUAAAAAUAUGAAAAAAGAUGAUGAUGAAGAAAAAAUAGAAGAAAUUGACACAAAUUUUAUUAAAAAUCUAAUAAAAAAAAAGAGUGAUAAUAAUGAUAUUAAUGAGGAAUUAAUAAGUAAAAAAUGUAGUAAGAUAAAUGAAGAGAGUUCUAAUUUACAUUUUAUGAAUACAAAUGAAAAAAUUAAUAAGAUGAAGCAUAAUGAAAAUAUUAUGCUACAAAGAAAUUUAUUAACUGUUAUAGAUACAAAUGAAAUGAAUCCUUAUCACAAGAAUACAUAUAAUUUACAAAAUAAAGUAACAGAAAAAGAUGAAAUUAGAAAAAAAUAUGAAUCAAAUAGGAAAUUUUAUAAUGUGAAUAAUAAUUCAUAUACUGAGGGAAUUAUAAUGCACACAGAUAAUAAUGGUAAUAAUAAUAAAGACAUUCUUUAUAGUGUAAAAAAUUAUCCUUUUUAUUAUAAAAACAAGGCAGAUGAAUUUAAAAAUAUUUAUGAAAACCAUUUAGGUAAAAAUGAUUAUUUUAAUAAUUUAAAAGAAGAAGAAUGUAAAAAUUAUUUAUUACAUAAUAGUGAAAACAGUAAAAAUAACUUGGCACAUAUAUCAAGUGUGUAUUUAAAUAAUAAUUCUAUUUUACGAAAUGAUAACUCAUAUAAUAAUAAAUUAAAUAAAAAUAUAAAUACAUCUAUUUCUGAUAAUAAUAGAGAAGAAAUGAAGAAGAAAAACUAUUACUAUUCAAAUAGUAUACCUAAAGAAUUAGUAACCAAUAAUAUUUUUUCACCUUAUGUAUAUCCAAAUCAUCAUAUAAAUAGUAAUUAUGAAUUAAAGGAAAUUCAUCAAUUAAAUAAUAAAAAUAUUCAAUCAUUUAACAACUUAGAUGAAGCAUUUAACA